AUGGCAUUCCGCCAACCAACAACGUACCAUGCCCCGCAACGAGUCUACGCUGCUCCUCCCGACGAGACACAGACACAAGCACAGCCGUCCUCCGCACAACCGCAACACCUCGCCGAUUCCCAGGAAUGGAUCCUGUUCUCGCCCUCUGCGGCAUCGACCACCGAUCGCGGAUACACGACCUCGACGGCGCGAACGCAGACAGCGGGUCGGUCGCGGAUAAGUGAUUUCGGGAGCUUGGAUACGGCUGCGCGGAGCUAUGAUUAUGAUGAAGCGUCGCAGGACGAGGGGGCUAUAGAGGAGGAAGAGGAGGAUGGGGAGUUGGAUAGUUUGGAUAGUCAUUUGCAUGAGUUUAGAGCAGAGCCUAGUGUUUAUGGGCAAGGGCAAAGUGGUGAGGCGAGUGGGACUGUUCUGCCGACUCAUGAUGGGUUGGGGAGCUUUAGGUUAGAUCAGACGGUGAUGGGGGAGGAGGUACAGGAGCAUUUGUAUGCGUUUGAGAGGUUCAAUCCGAGGAGAGUGAAGAGGAGGCGGGAGAGUUUAGAGUUGGGUAUGCUGGAGUUAGAGAAUGAAAGGGCUGCAGAGGCGGAGAGGACGAGGAGGAUUGAGAAGUGGAGGAUGGAGCAGAGUCGAUUGUUGGUGGAUGAGAUACAGAAGGAGACGAGGCGGCGAAAGCAAUCGAUGUCGACGGAUAGAAGGAGUGUGGUCGUGGAUAGGGAGCAGGAAGAUGUGGCUACAAUGAGCAAUGUGGAUUCCGAAAAUGUCGAGGAACAAGUGGCAGAUGAGGAAAAUGAGAGUUUCUGGAACAGGAUCACGAGGAGAGUUAUUCGAGAUCUGAUUGGAAUCGAUGACGACCUACUCGAGAUCAUAUUUGGCGAAAGCUUACCAGAAGACGACGACCUUUCGACUACGCCUCCCGCUGUUAGUCCGCUCGACGCAAAUCGGGGAAUAGUGCCUGCAAACGAGUACAAGCAAGACUCGUGGGAGCACCGACUACUCGAAAGAAUAGCUCGGGAGUUGGGGAUACUGGUCAACCAGAUCUCCGACCACCCAGGUGCAUUCUCUACUUACCUUCAGUCUCAGCAGAUGCCUCUACCAUACGCAGGGCUACCCGUGAUCCCUGAGACAUCUCGAGACAUUCCCGCACAGCCUCAACCUUCAUCGUCGAUACUUACCUCACCUGCAGACCCACAAUUCCUCCCUACGAUCCAAACCGCCACACCCGCAAUCCCAAUCUCGACAUCCCUCUCCCCUUCUCCACUCGAAGAAGCAGACUCGACACCUCGUCCCUCGAACCCUCUUUCUCAACCUCUGACUCGUGAAGAAUGGGAACGAGACCUCGACAUCAAGAUGGUGUUUAGGUAUCUGCGUUCGCGCUUCACUGCCAAGUUCUCUCCAUACUCCGAAUCCACCUAUCCUCAACCUCCAUUUUCAACCGCAGGAACGUCACACCUGGCAACAGCUAGCACGGCAGAUACAGCCGCACGUGCUGCUCGUGUACGCCAACAUCACCCUCUUGUCACACGCCAAUCCAACACCACGAAAGAACGUAGACGCAGCAUCGAGAAACGAACAUGGAAACCUUCAGUCCCAGGUGGAGGACCAUCAAGUCCAGGAGCGAUCCUGAAUGUACGAAGAGGAAGCAGCAGUUGUGCAAGUGAUAGAAUCGGUGGACUGAAGCGGAGUAGCAGGACCGUGAGCGGAAGCUCUAGACAUUAUUGGGAUUUUGGACCAGGUGGGAGCCAGAGUGUGGGGAGUGGAAGUUUGAUUGCUAGUACAGGUGGGAUGGGGAGUUGGGGCGAGGUUUGA